UUUAUUGGAUUCACGUACUGUCAUGGGGGACUUGGGAUGGAUUGCUUUUCCAAAAAAUGGGUGGGAAGAGAUUGGUGAAGUUGAUGAAAAUUAUGCCCCUAUCCACACAUACCAAGUAUGCAAAGUUAUGGAACAGAAUCAGAAUAACUGGCUUUUGACCAGUUGGAUUUCCAACGAAGGUGCUUCCAGAAUCUUUAUAGAACUCAAGUUUACUCUGCGAGACUGCAACAGUCUUCCUGGUGGACUGGGAACCUGCAAGGAAACCUUUAACAUGUAUUACUUUGAGUCUGAUGACGAGAAUGGGAGAAACAUCAAGGAAAACCAGUACAUCAAAAUUGAUACCAUUGCUGCCGAUGAAAGCUUCACAGAGCUUGAUCUUGGUGACCGGGUUAUGAAACUGAAUACAGAGGUCAGAGAUGUAGGACCUCUAAGCAAAAAAGGAUUUUAUCUUGCUUUUCAAGAUGUGGGUGCUUGCAUUGCUCUGGUUUCUGUGCGUGUGUACUAUAAAAAAUGCCCCUCUGUGGUACGCCACUUGGCUGUGUUCCCUGACACAAUUACUGGAGCUGACUCCUCGCAGCUGCUCGAAGUGUCUGGUUCCUGUGUCAACCAUUCUGUGACGGACGAACCACCCAAAAUGCACUGCAGCGCUGAAGGGGAGUGGCUGGUGCCCAUCGGGAAAUGCAUGUGCAAGGCAGGAUAUGAAGAGAAAAAUGGCACCUGUCAAGUGUGCAGACCUGGGUUCUUCAAAGCCUCACCUCACAGCCAGAGCUGCAGCAAAUGUCCACCUCACAGUUAUACCCAUGAGGAAGCUUCAACCUCUUGUGUCUGUGAAAAGGAUUAUUUCAGGAGGGAGUCUGAUCCACCCACAAUGGCAUGCACAAGACCCCCCUCCGCUCCUCGGAAUGCCAUCUCAAACGUUAAUGAAACUAGUGUCUUUCUGGAAUGGAUUCCCCCUGCUGACACUGGUGGAAGGAAAGAUGUCUCAUAUUAUAUUGCAUGCAAGAAGUGCAACUCCCAUGCAGGUGUGUGUGACCAGUGUGGCGGUCAUGUCAGGUACCUCCCCCGGCAAAUCGGCCUGAAAAACACCUCUGUCAUGAUGGUGGAUCUGCUCGCUCACACAAACUAUACCUUUGAAAUUGAGGCAGUGAAUGGAGUGUCCGACUUGAGCCCAGGAGCCCGGCAAUAUGUAUCUGUAAAUGUAACCACAAAUCAAGCAGCCCCCUCUCCGGUCACCAAUGUGAAAAAGGGGAAGAUUGCAAAAAACAGUAUCUCUUUGUCUUGGCAAGAGCCAGAUCGUCCCAAUGGAAUCAUCCUGGAGUAUGAAAUUAAAUAUUUUGAGAAGGACCAAGAAACCAGCUAUACAAUUAUCAAAUCUAAAGAGACGACUGUAACUGCCGAGGGCUUGAAGCCAGCUUCAGUGUAUGUCUUCCAAAUUCGAGCUCGCACAGCAGCAGGCUAUGGUGUCUUCAGUCGAAGAUUUGAGUUUGAAACCAUCCCAGUGUUUGCAGCUUCCAGCGAUCAAAGCCAGAUUCCUAUAAUUGCUGUGUCUGUGACAGUGGGAGUUAUUUUGUUGGCAGUGGUUAUUGGCUUCCUCCUCAGUGGAAGCAAGAAAUGGGAGUGCCUGGCUUGGAACUUCAUUAGUUGCUGCGAGCGUGGCUGUGGAAGGGCUUCUUCCCUGUGCGCUGUUGCCCAUCCAAGCCUAAUAUGGCGGUGUGGUUACAGCAAAGCAAAGCAAGAUCCAGAAGAGGAAAAGAUGCAUUUUCAUAAUGGGCACAUUAAACUGCCAGGAGUAAGAACUUAUAUUGAUCCACACACCUAUGAGGAUCCCAAUCAAGCUGUCCAUGAAUUUGCCAAAGAGAUAGAAGCCUCAUGCAUCACCAUUGAAAGAGUUAUUGGAGCAGGUGAAUUUGGUGAAGUUUGUAGUGGACGUUUGAAACUUCCAGGAAAAAGAGAAUUACCUGUGGCGAUCAAAACCCUCAAAGUAGGCUAUACAGAAAAGCAACGCCGAGAUUUCCUGGGUGAAGCAAGUAUCAUGGGGCAGUUUGAUCAUCCCAACAUCAUCCACUUAGAAGGUGUUGUGACCAAAAGCAAACCCGUGAUGAUAGUGACAGAGUACAUGGAAAAUGGCUCUUUAGAUACAUUUUUAAAGAAAAACGAUGGGCAAUUCACUGUGAUUCAGCUUGUUGGCAUGCUGAGAGGCAUCUCUGCGGGAAUGAAGUACCUUUCCGACAUGGGCUACGUGCAUAGAGACCUUGCUGCCAGAAACAUCUUAAUCAACAGUAACCUUGUGUGCAAAGUGUCUGACUUUGGACUUUCCCGCGUGCUGGAAGAUGAUGCCGAAGCAGCCUAUACCACCAGAGGAGGCAAAAUUCCAAUCAGAUGGACUGCCCCAGAAGCGAUAGCUUUCCGAAAGUUUACCUCGGCCAGUGAUGUCUGGAGCUAUGGAAUCGUGAUGUGGGAGGUUGUGUCUUAUGGGGAGAGACCCUACUGGGAGAUGACCAAUCAAGAUGUGAUUAAAGCAGUGGAGGAAGGCUACCGUCUGCCAAGCCCCAUGGAUUGCCCUGCUGCUCUCUACCAAUUAAUGCUGGAUUGCUGGCAAAAAGACCGAAAUAGCAGGCCCAAGUUUGAUGAAAUCGUCAACAUGUUGGAUAAGCUGAUAAGGAACCCAAGUAGCUUGAAGACGCUGGUGAAUGCAUCAAGCAGGGUAUCUAAUUUACUGGCAGAACAUGGCCCACUGGGAUCUGGGGCCUACAGAUCAGUAGGUGAAUGGCUAGAAGCAAUCAAAAUGGGCCGGUAUACAGAGAUUUUCAUGGAAAAUGGAUACAGUUCAAUGGACGCUGUGGCUCAGGUGACCUUGGAGGAUUUGAGACGGCUUGGAGUGACUCUUGUCGGUCACCAGAAGAAGAUCAUGAACAGCCUUCAAGAAAUGAAGGUGCAGCUGGUAAAUGGGAUGGUGCCGCUGUAACUUCCUUUUCAUGUCACUUCAUCAAGUGAAUGAUUCUGCACUUUGUAAACAAGCCCUGAGAUUUAUUUUAACAAAAAAAGAGGGAAAAGGGAAAACUCAGUGAUUUCUAAACCUUAGGAGAACAUCUGUUCAAGCCGCAGAAUUUGUAAUCAGUGUUUUACUAAAAUCUCCAUAUCUUCUUCUCUGUGUCUUAAUUUUUCAUGAAGCAAAUAUAAAUAGAAUAAAAACAUGAGGUUAAACAUGAUCU